AAUCUAGUGCAGGAAUAGAAAACAGAUCAAUAGACUGUAUAGAUUACUAUAAAUUGGUAUAAAUCAGUGAUGCGCUGUUGAAAAUUAUUCCCACACGGGAAUGUUCGUGCCCAUAUCGCCAUUACGAUGUGAAAGCAGCCAAUACAAAACUGUUAAGCUGGAAACACAAUGAAAAGCACAAGCAAUAGGAACAGGGAAUAAGAGAUUUCAACUUAUCAAAAACUAUGAAUAAUAGAAUGGACGCUUUUUGAUAGGUUGAAAUCUUUUAUUUCUUGCCCGUGCUUUUCAUCUUGUUUCCAGCUUUAUUAUUCCCUGUGCCCUAUGUCUAUUGCCUGUGCUAUUGUGUUUAAGCCUUAAUGGCAGCUUAUGCAUACGAACAUUCCCAUGUGAGAAUAUUCCCACGACAGCGUAUCACUAGUUAGACAAGUGUGAUAUGUACGUAUGUACAUAUAUAAUGUGUACUAGAUGAGUUAGAUAAACUAUUAAAUGACAAUUAAUAUGUGGAAGAAAUGUAUAUUUUAAAUUAUGAUUUCAAUGGAGAUUAGAAAUACACUUGCGUUAUCCGCAUCAAUUUGUACUGUUUUACAGUUUCUAGCUGGCGUAUUAGUGUGUAAAAAAUAUAUUAGAAAUGGUUCAACUGGAGAUAGCUCGGGAUUGGCAUUUGUAACAUGUUUUAUGUCUUGUAGUUUGUGGCUAAGAUAUGGAACACUUACUGGAGAUUUGUUCAUUAUAUUUGUAAAUAUAUUUGGAACAAUAUUACAAAUAUGUUAUAUAUUAAUUUAUAUCUUAUAUAACGUAAAAAGAUCAACUACUAUUAAGCAGUUUACAAUAGCGAUUUGUUUGAUUUCGCUUGUAUAUCUGUACAGUAUAUUUCAAAAAAACAGAGUUUUGGCUGAGAAACACAUAGGAUUUCUUAGUUGCAGCUUGACCAUAUUAUUCUUUGCAUCACCAUUAAUAUCACUUGCACAUGUGAUUAGAAUGAAAAGCACAGACAGUUUACCAUUUCCAGUCAUAAUGUCCUCUAUGAUAGUAUCUUGCCAAUGGUUUGCAUAUGGAUGUCUGCUCAGUGAUCAAUUUAUACAAAUACCAAAUUUUAUGGGUUGUAUUUUAUCAGCUUUUCAACUUUCUUUGUUUUUGAUUUACCCAAGUAAACGAACAGAUCAAGCUUACUUUAUAUGAGAACA